AUGGAGCGCAUGUGUGACAAGUACACGUCGAUGAUGACGACGUGCAACGACUCUGUCGCGUCGGACGACUUCGUGAGGGACCUGCGGAACCAGUACGACGCGGGGUUCCUGCAGGCCUGCGCGCAGUGCGGCAGCCAAGAAUUCCACGAUCCUGGGUGCGUUGGGGACAUGAGCUACCCGUGGCCGAACCCUGCGCCGGGGUGCUACAAGCCCUAUGUCGCGUGCUUCAUGCGCGUGUGCGAACCGGGGACGUUCUCGCCCCGGGUUGGCAUGAUCAGCCUGGACGGCUGCGACCUGUGUCCGCCCGGCAGGUUCACGAACGCCUCAGGCCAGAGCGCAUGCGCGGAGUGCGAGCCGGGCAGUUUCCAGAGCGAGUUCGGGAAGACGGCUUGCGAGGUGUGCGGCCUGGGCACCUUCAGCGGGAUCUUUGGGGCGGCCGCGUGCGACGCCUGCUACGCCAACUCCUACACGCCCGAGGCUGGCGCCACCAGCUGCCUGGACUGCCCUGGCGCGCCGUCAGGCGCCAGCAAAGGCGUGUCGUUUGUGGCGCCGCCGAACACCAGCAAUGAUCUGAGCACGUGCGUGUGCCCUGUGGGUUCCUUCUACGACAAGAGCGUCGGCGGGUGUAUCAAGUGCGACGGCGAUGGGCAUGAGUUUCUCCUGUGCCCAGGCGGGCAUCCUCACGGCUGGCACGAAUGGGAUCUGAGCGUCAGUGUCCAGCAGGGAUACAUGACACUCCCUGAUGAGCCGUACAGCGUCUACACCUGUUCUGGAAACAAGAUGAAAAGGUGCGCAGGGAAGCGCUUGGUGAGGUCUGCCGACAUAUGCGCGACGAAUUUCGACCUCGAGAAGGCUCGCUGCUCCAGAUGUCGGACCGGCACGGUUCUGGUCGGUGACGUGUGCGAAGAGUGCGAGGACGGAGGCGAGCCCAUUACAUGGCUCAAGGCUGCGGCAUCAUUCAUAUUUCAGCUGGUCAUGGUAUUCUACAUGUAUAAGCGCUUCAACAUCCCGAACCCUUCAGGUGCAAUCACAUUCGGAGCGCUCAUCAAUUUCUUGCAGCAGCUGCAGACUUUGAGCAAGUUGGAUCUUGAUUGGCCUUCAACCUUGCAGAAUUUUUGGCAAACGAUCAACUUGUUCACGCUGCCUGGUAUCCGGGGUUUCUUCUCUUUCAACAUCGAGUGUUACGUUGGCAAUGGUUUUCUGGUCGACUUGGUACAGGAGGGCGUUAGCCCGCUCCUGAUAUUUGUUGAUUUCCUUCUUUUGCAGUCAAUUUAUAAGAUGUUCAGGAGCUCCAUGCAGUUCCACUUCGUCCACAACAUUGUCGGGCUGGUGUUCACCAAGAUGUUCAUUUCUCUGACGUCUCUCUCGAUGUCGCUGUUCUACAAGAUCACGAUGCCCAAUGGCUUAGAGAUGGUGAGGGCUUACCCAGAGCUGGAGUUCUCCUCCGACGACUGGUGGACCGCGGCGCCCAUCAAUCUGGUGACUACCAUCCUGUAUGGCGUCACCACGAUCUCCUACGUUGCAUGGGUAGUCUGGACGGCGCCUCGCAGGGCGGCGACGACGGCCAACUUCGGGGCCAAGUACCGGUUCUGCUUCGGCUCGCUGCGCCCCGACUGCUGGUGGUGGGUGCUCAUGAACCUCAUCUUCGGCUUCUCGCUGAACCUGCUUCAAGUGGUUCUGCCGGGCAAGAAUGUGCAGGAGCAGGUCUACACGACGCUGUUUGCUCUGAUCAUGUUCACGAGCUUCCAGUUCUACAUACAGCCUCUCAAGUUCACAGCAAACAAUCGUGUCGACCUCACCUUCAAGAUCUCCUUGAUCGUGUUUCUGGUGCUCGCCACGUCUUUCGUCAAGAGGGACAAGGUGGGCUCUGGCGUGCAGGAGUCCAAAGACAUGUACGCCACCAUUAUCGUGGCUUUGUUCGUUGGCGCGUUCGCAUUUGCUUUCCUCAAGUUCACGAAAUGGGCGCUGUCCCACUGCAACCCUGAUGGCAUGGUGCACGGUCAGAUGGCUCACACAGUGUGGCGCCUCCGGGACGUCUCGACUGCCAUGCUCAUGAUGCCCGAGAAGGAUCUGUUCCGAAAGGCGGGCGGACUCCUUGACAACGACGUACAAGUGUUGCAGAACGCUACGAAUACGAUGAUCAAUGUGCUGUUCGGACAGCAGGCCAGCAAUCACAAGAGACAGCAGCGUCUCAUAGUCGGUGGCGGAGGGUUCCGGGUCUGGAACCACAAUGAGCAGGUCGUGCAGAUGAUCAAGGACACGGAGUCUGGGAAGCUUCACGACGCGGUCGCGCAAAGUUGCCGGUUCCGGUUGCGUUUGUUGAAGUUGGCGAGGGCAGCGACCAUGAACCCAUUGGACGAGCGCAACAGCAGCGAUGAGUACGUGGCACGACCGCAGACUUCGGGGGGGUCUUCCAGCAACAUUGCCACGGGAUCGAGCUCAACUAACGUAUCCCGUGUGAAGUCGACGAAAGACAAAUUGCGAGAGAAAGCGGCAUGCUGCUCGUGUUUCGUCGAUUCGGGCAUCAGGAGACUGGUCAAUCACGCCCAUGGAGUGGCGGACAUGCUUGAAUUGAGCUAUUCCCAAGCUAUCACACGGAAAGAGUUCGGUGAUGUCAUCAAAACCAAGUUCAAAGACCUCGACAUGCCCGAGGAGGAUCUCGACCUCAUCUUCUGCGCCAUGGACACCGACGGCGGCGGCACGAUCACCAUGCGCGAGUUAACCAUGUUCAUGAUGGCCCUUGCUCCAGAGGACCUCGUCACCGCCCACAUGCGUUCCGACGCGGAGACGGAGGCGUUGGCCAGGGAGCGCGACGAGGAGGUGGACGAAAGCGACCGAGAGCUGGCGCGGCUGACGAGGCAGUGGACCGGCGGGCAGGUCGGGCGCCCGCGCUCCCGGAGCUCGGGGCGGACGCCGUCCAGCACGGGCUGCACGACGACCACGGCGGUGCGAGAUCUAUUCUGGCACGAGUUCUUCGGGGAUAAGUGGGCACCAUUGGUUCGGGAACAGGGCUUCGUAACCCAGGCGCUGCCGAUGGUGACCACGGGCGCUGGUGGCCCGCAGCACGUCUCCCGUGGCCUGCUGAUAGCCACGAUAUCCACUCACAGACCGCAUCAGCUUCCACGAGUCCUCUCGGUCGCCGAGCCGUUGGCGCAGGUGCGAGCUGGUUCUGCGAUCUACGUGGAUUGUCCGCCGGCGCAUCUCGCUGCGGUGUUCCAGCGGGUGCUGGCCUUGGGGGAUAUGCUGAACAUCCGCAUGGGCCACAGCAGCCGGAGUCCAGGAUCGGCCCCGGACGCUCCACGGACCCGCACCGAAUUUCACAUGCCGCCGAGCGUCACCGAGUUCAGCGUCCAGAUGCUCCUCGUCGGUCUUCGACGUGAGCCAUGGCCGGUACCUGUAUUCUUCGCCUCCCGCUCCAUCUACGCGGACCCCGCGGCGCCGCUCCUGGAGCUCACGGACCCGGCGGCCCUCUCCAAGGUCGACGGCUUCUGCCGGGAGGCGCUCUACCUCAAACCAAAGUUGGUGACGAUCCGCACGGACGUCCGCGGCGACGACUGGCAGCAGCGCCUCGACGAGAUUUGGGCUACAGACCCGGCGGCGGCUGUCACCAGGCUGCGGUGGCGACCCUCCCGCAUGGGGGGACGGGCGGUGGCAGCUCCGGCGGCCGCUCGGGAACGAGUGCGGGCAGCCCGGCAGCCAGCAGCAGCUCGCUUGGAAAAUCCAGGCGGCGGCCCCUGUACAGCGGAGCUGAUGACAGAGGGCUCGCUGGGUUAUGACCCGCAGGCAGCAGUCUCUGCCAUCAUGUGCGUGGUCCGGCAGCAGACUGGGGUCGACCUGACGGCGGCGGCGUCGGCGGCCCAGCUCCUACCAGGGUCCUGGAGGCGUCUCGCGGCGGACGAUCCCACUGCCGAUCCGGGUCGAGUCCGCCUAUACUUCAAGACGAUGGCCGAUGGGGCAGCAGUGCGGGCGGCGAUCCAGGGCAGAGCAGUGCAGGUGGGCGACGACCUCGUUGCCGUGAGGGCCGUCCCGGACAUCGUCAGGCCGCCGCCUGCCACGGCGGAUCCGCCACACACUCGAUUUCCAUUCUUGGGUGACCUGCAAGGGGCGACUUGGAAUUCCCAGGCCCUGUUUGCGCGUAAACGGCAGCGGCAUGAGCAGAAGGACGCUUACGUCCGCCGUCUCCUGCGCCGCCGGGACUUCGUGGCCAUCGUGGACUCGCACGGCCUCGAGGGCGCCACGGCGGUGUGGAGCUGCCCCGACGACUGCGUCUCCUACUUCUCGCCUGGCACUACCAGCCGCGCUGGUGUUGGCAUCGUGGUCAAAAAGAAGUUUCUCGAGCAGUUUGCGGACACCGAGCCUCGUUGGAUCCACCUGGUCCCCGGAAGGGCCGCGAUGCUCCAGCUGCGGGGCAGCGCGGGGGCCCUCGACCUCCACGUGGUAUACUUCGCCACUGGGGUCCCGGGCAUGGUUCAGCCGCGGGGCAUGGCGGUGCCCGGGGACGUGAACGCGACUGUCCGGGAACAACGGCGCAGCAUGCGUCAAGUCAUGGCGGCGGCCAUGUCUCCCAGGGAGGAAGUCCUCUCCAUGGUCAUGGGCGACUUCAACUGGGUGACCGACCCCGUGGACAGGUUGAACAAGGCAACUGGUGGGCUCUCAGGCGCAGACGACCUCGGAGAGCAGCGGGACGCCGAAGCCGGGCUUUGGCGGCCGGCGGGCUUGUACGAACUCCGCCAACCCGAGCUCACGCACGAGAGCGCCUCCGCGUGGAGCCGGUUGGACAGGUGCUACUGGAAUGCCGAUGUCGUGGGCCAGCUCGACCGGAACAUCGCGUGCACGGCCCUCGAGUGGGUGCCGCACCUCUCAGCCCACCGAGCCAUCGCCUUCGGUCGCCGCACGCCGUCUCGCCACGUGCCGGCGGCCAUGCCAGUCCGGCCUGAGAUCGUGGCGCACGAAAGUUGGCCGAUUCGGGUUGCGGCCGCCUACCAGGAGCUCCAGGAACAGUGGUUUUGCCGGCACGGGCUGGACCCGCAGCCGCAGUCAGAAUCGCCUCCAUCCUCGGGGGUGCCGCCGUUGCGAGCUCUCGCCCUCCUCAAGCAGGCCAUGAGGAUCACAGCCGACCGGAUGCAGCAGGAGGCCGCCGCGGCGACACCGACGCCGAGUCCCGAGGACGACGUUGGCCACACCGUCCGGUUCAUCAGGGCGGCGGAGCGCGGCCACGUCGGCGUCAUGCGGCAAUGUCUGCAGGCCUUUCCGCGGUUAGCCUCCCUCGUGCCCGCGCCGCUCGAGUUGGCCACUGUCCGCGGGCGCCAACUGCAGCCUUACCGACAAUUGGCGGUUGACCUGGCCCGGGAGGCGGCCAUCGAAGAGCUGGCGGCACUCCAGCGACACCAGGGCGAUUGCACCGAUGGUGAUUUGGAUGCGCGUCGCAACCGCAUUCGCAGCAAGCUCAAACGUCUCGCUCCAGGUCGGUCUGGUUGCCUGACAGGAGUAGAGUCUCCCACUGGCGAGAUACUGACGGACCCGAAGGAGAUGGCCGACGCUCUCCGGCAGCACUGGCAGGACGUAUUCUCGCAGAGGCCGGUUGACGAGCACCUCAUGGAGCAGUGGAUUCGCGAAGACACUCCGCUGGCGGUGCCGCCGCCGGAUGCUUCUGACUGGGCUAUUACUCGUGACCAUGUGGCCGCGGCCAUUGAUGGCUCCCCCAAUUCCGCACCUGGCCCGGACGGCCUUUCGUUUGCCGCUUGGAGACGGCUCGGCCCCCUUGCGGUCGACGUCCUGUGGCAGGCCCUCAGGGCUCUUACGCAGCAGCCCGACCCAGACUACUUCGACGAAUUCAUCUCCACUUUCAACGGCAGCUUGAUGAUCUUCCUCCCCAAGGGGGCCGGGACCACCACCCUCGGAGUGACUGGGCACGGACCACCAGACACGCGGCCGCUCAACGUGGCUUGUUGCGACAACCGACUCCUCGCGAAUGCUGUUCGUAUCUGCGUCGAGGAGCCCCUGUCAAAGGCGGUGUCGGAAGACCAGCGCGGCUUCAUCCCAGGGCGAUCAAUGAUUGCGAACAUUGUGGAUGUGGACACGGCAAUGAUGAAGACAGCUCUGGAACGGACCGGGGGGGCGGCUUGGUUUUUCGAUUUCAAAGCCGCCUCCCCGAGCAUUUCGCACAAGUUUCUCAAACGGCUGCUCCGGGCAGCGGGCCUGCCGCCGUGGUUCUUGCGAUUUGUCGACGUGCUGUACAUGGGGAACCACUGCUCAAUGGUGGUGGGCGGCUCGGUGCACCCUGGAUUUACUUCGAGGACGGGAAUUCGGCAAGGCUGCCCGCUCUCGCCGAUCUUGUUUGCAGUUGCAGUGGACGUGCUGCUGAGGCGGCUGCGGAGACUACAGCCGUCGCUGGUGUCAAGGGCCUUCGCGGACGACAUUGCGGCAGUUACCCCAGACCUUUUCGAGUCCGCUCCGGCCCUACUUUCCAUCUUUGCAGACUUCGGGCGCAUAUCUGGUUUGCAUUUGAAUAUGCCGAAAACUUACGUGGUCCCGCUAUUCCGCGGCGACGCCGCGACUGUGCUGCGCGAGGUGCUCUCCAUGCACCCAGGAUGGAGCGGCGCGCAAGUCGCGUGGCGAGCAAGAUACCUCGGCUUCCUCCUCGGCCCCGAGCGCGGGCAUGACGGGUACAGCAAGGCAUUCGACAAGGUGCUAGACAGGGCGAGCUGGUGGGGGGCCGCAGGCGGGGGGCUCUACUUGACGACGAUUGCCUACACGGUCUAUAUUGCAUCUGUCCUCGGAUUCCUUAUGCAGCUGGAUGCCCUGCCACCGCGCUGGGAGACAGUGGAGGCCGAGGUAUUCACUCGCUUAGUUCCUGGCUCCAACUUAUGGACAUGCCCGGAAGACCUUCGGCAGCUCCAAGUCCUCGGUUUCCCCCGCGGGUUCGCAGAUCUUCGCGCGCGGCAGAGGGCAGCGCAGCUCCGGGUUGCAGCAAUGGAGAACGGCCCUGCGGGAGGCUUGCACGUAGCGGCCCGGGCCACGGAGCUCCGCCGCAUUCGCAUGAAUUCCGACAACAUGAUGGUGGCCGCUGCCUGGGCGGAUUGGUUCGACCGCUCUUACAUCUGCCAGCUGGACGACAAUCAGUGGCAGUGCAGCGCCGAGGGCGUCACUGUUCACGCAGUCGAACGGCAGCUUCUGGGGGGCGAGAUUGCCCGGCCGCUCACGGCGCAACAAGCCCGCAGCCUCCGUCGCGGCUUCCAGGGCUGCGCCGCUACCCUGUUGACGACUACCAGACCAGAGGAGCUGGAGCCGCGCGUGAGGCACAAACUCGACCGCUGGGCGGUCGACCAGUACCCCCGCACCCGGGUAUCGCAUGGCAUGCGAUUCCUCAGGAUCCUGGGGAAGGCGGCGCCGCCCCGCGUUUGGGCGGCAUCCUGGCGAGCCAUGUGGAACGGCUGGCCAACCUCGCGACGCACCCAAGGGCGGUCGGGUCUCCCGGGCUGCAUGUUCGGGUGCUCCGAGACCAGCCCGGAUUCCAUCGAGCACUACGCGAACUGCAGGAUUGCCCAUUCGAUCUUAGCCAGAGAGUUGGGCAUGUCAAGGGCGGCCACGCCACAGGGCCGCUUGGCCGCCUUCCUGGGCCUGGACCUCCGGGCCGCCGAGGAUGACGACGCAGUGAUUUUGCGGGGCAUCCGCUUGGCAGCGAUGUACCGCGUCCAUUGCCAUUGCCGUCACGGGCAGCUCCGCCGGGGGCCGGCAGCGGUGGAGGCGCUGCGGCAGGCUUGCCGGGAGGUCGUGAAAGGCCACAGGCAAGCCAGCGCAGCGUACGACGCGGCCCAG